ACCGUUUGUGUUUCAGACUGAUAAACCCUUCUACAACCUCCUUAAACCCUAGAUCAACAUGUCUCCGCCGUUCGCCGCCUCAAAAUCCGAAUGAAGCGAGCGUUCAGAUUAGCAGAGGCAGCCCAAACGGUGCUGCCAUGUCUGCACGGGUACUGCUCAACCUCCCAAUCCCAAACCCCCUUUUCUUUUGUCCUCACCAAAUCCACUUUUAACAGAUGUUUCAGGGACAUCUCUGGCCAGACCCCUCACUCUCCGCUGCCUGCCAGCGUUCCCGGCAGCAUCAUCGACUUGUUCAUUGACAAGCUAUCUAACCCGGAGCCUUUGCCGAGGGAGGGUUUGGAUCUCCGGGUGUCUAAGUUGAGAGACGAGUUAGUGCAGUAUGUUGAUCGUUUUGACGAAGCAACUAGGGUUUUGGAGGAGAAAGCUGAUUCCUUGAUUAAGAUUUCUGCUGAUGGGAGAGCUUUUGUUGAGCUAUUGAAGCAGCUGUCUUCUUCUCCUCACUUUGCCCUCGAGGUUUUUAAAUGGAGGAGAAAUCACUCAGAGCAUGGCAAUCCUAUGACUUCAGAAGAAUAUACUCAGGGGAUAACACUAGCUGGUAGGCUAAAACGUGUAGAUCUUGCAUGUAAUAUCUUUGAUGAGGCUGCUGGGAAGAAGGUGAAGGCAACAUCCAUUUAUAAUGCGCUGAUGAGUGCAUAUAUGUACAAUGGUCUUGCAGAGAAAUGUCAAUUAUUGUUUAGGGACUUGAAAACGGAUACAGAUUGUGCCCCUUCACUUACAACAUACAACAUUCUUAUAUCGUUAUUUGGUCGCUUAUUGCUGGUAGAUCACAUGGAGGCAGCAUUUCAGGAGAUAAAGCAUUUAAAUCUCUCCCCAAAUACAACUACCUAUAAUAAUUUAAUUGCUGGAUAUCUGACUGCUUGGAUGUGGACUAGGAUGGAAAGCACUUUUCAAAUGAUGAAGGUGGGAUUAGUUAAGCCAGAUUUCAACACUCACUUGCUAAUGCUCCGAGGGUAUGCACAUUCAGGGAAACUGGAUAAGAUGGAAGAGACAUACGAAUUGAUUAAAGAUUAUUUAAAUGAAAAGAAAAUCCCUUCAAUUUUAACCAUGAUAUGUGCAUAUUCUAAGAGCCAUGCCAACGAUCGAGUCAAAAAGAUUGAGGCUCUAAUGAAGUUUAUUCCAGAAAAUCAGUAUUGGCCUUGGUUGAAUGUGCUGUUGAUCCAGGUUUACGCUCAAGAGAAUUCUUUAGAGCAUAUGGAGAGCUUGAUUAAUUUGGCAUUUGAGCAUCAAACCAUUGUGCUUUCAUCUAGGAUAAUGCGUUGCAUCAUUGCAACUUAUUUCCAAUGCAAUGCAGUUGAUAGGUUAGCCAUAUUCGUGAAGCGUGCAGAAUGCGCUGGAUGGAAAAUGUGCAGGUCUUUAUAUCACUGCAAAAUGGUUUUGUAUGGAUUAGAGAAGCGAUUGGAAGAAAUGGAGAGUGUCCUUAAUGAGAUGGAUAAUAUCCAAAUGAACUGGACUAAGAAGACAUUCUGGAUAUUGUACAAGUCAUACUCAACAUGGGGUCCUAGAUACAAGGUUGAGCAAGUUGUAGGGUUGAUGUGCAAACACGGGUAUGAAAUUCCUUUGGAGGCAUCUUCAUCAUGACACACCUUUCACUAAGCAUUAUUCAGCCAGAAAUUGCCAGGAACAUUUAGUCGAUCUACAAUGAAUGGUUCAUCACGUUUCUGAUAUGGAAUUGAGACCAAAACGAUUCAUAGAAACUUCAUAUUUUGAUGGACCAAGAUUACCUCUAAGCCGUUUGCUUACAGAGACCAAAAUGAAUUUCACAGGUGUGUAUGGUAUGCUUGUUUUUGCACAAAAUCUUCACUUGCCUCCGUCUCCUGACCAUACUAACUUAUGUAGACUAGUACUGGUGUAUGGAAAAACAACUUUUGCCUUAGGUUCAGAGACUAAUAAAAUCUUGGUACAAGGUACAAGUUUUCUGGAGCUGCUAUUUUCUGUGUUUUCCAGGUAAAAAGUGCAAUUGAUGUCAAAUUACCUCAUUUAGUGAAAUUUUGCAUGCAUCAAAAAAAAUGAUUGCAAUGGUUUCUCAAUUGCUUGAGUUGUGUUCUCUUGAUCCUAGAGUGUAUAUUCAUUGAUUUUCGAGCUACAACUACAUUUUAACAGCUAUUUUUUUCAUCCAGCAAUGCUGGAACAGUGGAACUGUGAUUACAGAUUAAAGUUGUAAUGCAUCAAAGUUUAUUCAUGUUUGAUUAUGCAUAAAUAAAUAGAAGUUUGGAGUUCCUUUUCCUUACAAAACCAUCAGAAUUCUCUUGAAGGUAAGCAAAACAAGGUGUUUUUUUAGAAAUUUUUCUCCUUUUUUUUUUUCAUUUAUGUUUUUCUAGAGGGUUUGAGACCGAAUUUGUAUACAUUGAUAAUGAAAUUUCAUAAGCACA